ACUGUUGGCAGGAGGGCAUAUGUUUACACUGAGUACAGCCUAUGCUACUUGAAUACACCUGUCUAAGGGUCGUAUGAAUUUUUAUUCAAGGAUGAACGAGCUUGCUAAUUGACUCCUGAGAUCAAUUUCUGCUACCGCUUGGUGAUCGGGGAACGGCAAGCACAAUAAAAUCAAUCGCAUUGGAGAGACAUACUCCAGUCGGCAGACAGACUGAAGGAUAUAAGAAUUGCCAACGGAGCCUUAUCUUGGAAACCCUAACUUCCUCACAAAGCACUGUGAUCACACAAACUUUUUAAGACCUGGUCGAUGUGUGUGUGUUAAGUUAUUUGAUCGCGUUCCUAUCAUCUUGACGUCCGAAGCUUGCGGGAUCAAUUUAAAUCGAUUAAGUGUAAUUCUUGUCUUACUGGAUAAAGGAUUAGACUGAAAGUAUUAGAAAAAUGAGCACGGCAGUUAGACGCCAGUCAACGGACACUGGACGGGUCAAUCUUCGACGACAGUCCGUCGACGUCAACAGGAUCGCCAGCAACAUUGGUAGAUCUUCAAUGGACGGGACUAGAGCUGCCAUGAUUUUGACGUCUGCUCAAAGCCGUCCGCCUCAAGGACCCCGGAUUGAGAAUUCAUACAGACUUGAGCCCGAGAAAGCGUUUCCAAGUGUUUCCGUGAAAAAGAUAAUUCAGAGUGUAUUUGAGGAGAUGAUAGGUGACAAGAAAUAUGACCCUGCAGAGAGCACGCUUUUGGCGGGAAAGCUGGCAGACGUUAUCAAGCACCGCGUGAAAGAGCUCGGGCACACCAGAUACAAGAUUGUUGCAACCGUAGCAUUAGGUCCAGCCGUGAUGUCCUCCGUUGCCAUGGUGAGCAGGUGUGUGUGGAAUCCAAGUAUGGACACGUUCGCUGAGUAUGCUCACAAAAAUGGAAAGAUGUACGCCUGUGGGCUUGUGUACGGGUUGUACCUAGAAUGAUGGUUGUGAACCCAGUUGCAGAAGGAGAGACUUUACCAUUAAGCAAGUGAAUUGUGCUAAGGCCUAGGAUGUGGAACAUGUGGAAGGAUGCUCACGAAUAGUGGACAAUGUAGUUCGUUUGUCCAGAAGUCCAGAAACAACGUAUUCUUCAAUUACGGAUUGGGAACCAUUAUUGGGAUAGAGGCAGAUAUGUGGUGAGGAUGUUUCAGGAUCUAAUGUCGAACUAUGAAGCGUUGUGAUAUGUGUGGCUCAUUCUGUCAUGUCAAACUGCAGCAACUGUCCUCUAUGUUUUAAACUGCUCAGAAUCUAUGAUAUAAUCAGUGGUCGAAGUCUUUAUGUGUGCCUCUUGUGACUCAAAGUCCAUACAGUUAGUGUGCGUCUAUGUAAAGUAAACUUGGCGUAACAACACGUUUUACAAAUGCUUUGCGAUGUAACGCAGGAGGAUAGAUUCGGGGGUCGGAGGAUCGGGUGGGGAGGUGACUUUUCAGAAAAUAAUGUCCUUGGUUUGGGAAGGGUCUUCUUUUUGUAAAGUCCUGAAUGUGAACUAUCCGUCCCUACCCCGUAAUGAAUGACCCGUGCUAAUCAGAAGCAAGUGUAGGGAAGUAUGGCUUGGGGUGAACAUAAUUGACUAUUUGCUAUACCCGGCUUCGUUGUAUACGGUGUUGACCGUGUGUUUUUCGUGACAAUACGGGUUCGUUAGCGACUCUGAGCAGCCAGUAGUUUGUACAGUUCUACUCUACCAUCGCCUCCUGUGUUUAGCCCCUUGAUGCACAAACCAAACCAAGGUCAUACCAUGCCUACAUGUACUCCACCCUACCGUGGUGACCCCAUACACCUCCACCCCCAAACACCCCAUCCCCACCCCCCUCACCCCAACCCUCAGACGCAGUUACAUCCGGCUUGGCUUUACAUUUCAUUAUACAAAAUACUUUUUCUAUAAAUUGUCCAUCUCAGACUUCACAUGAUACGUACAUCGAUGGAGACUGUGGAGAGCGUCAAAUAUAUAUGUGUUAAUUUAUCAGGUUUUCAAUAAAAACAACAA